GAAAUCCACAUCUGUGGGACGCCCCACACGGAACCACCUCCAGCGAGGGAGGCCAGGGGACUGCAGCACCGAGAUGAAGGGCUAGACCGAAGGAACGCUGCUCAUGCGACGGCCGGGAGCGCCUGCGAGCUGGAUCUGGUGGAGGAUGCUGCGGCAGGUGCUUCGCAGAGGGCUCCAGUCGUUCUGCCACAGGCUGGGUUUGUGCGUGAGCCGGCACCCGGUCUUUUUCCUCACCGUGCCCGCAGUCCUGACAAUCACCUUCGGCCUCAGCGCGCUCAACCGCUUCCAGCCCGAGGGCGACCUGGAGCGCCUGGUCGCUCCCAGCCACAGCCUGGCCAAGAUCGAGCGCAGCCUGGCCAGCAGCCUUUUCCCCCUGGACCAAUCCAAAAGCCAGCUCUAUUCGGACUUACACACCCCUGGGAGGUAUGGCAGGGUGAUCCUCCUCUCCCCAACCGGGGACAAUAUUUUGCUCCAGGCUGAGGGGAUCCUGCAGACCCACCGAGCCGUGCUGGAAAUGAAGGUGAACCACAAGGGCUAUAAUUAUACUUUUUCCCAUCUGUGUGUGUUGAGAAAUCAGGAUAAGAAAUGCGUGCUGGAUGAUAUUAUUUCAGUGCUAGAGGAUCUCAGGCAGGCUGCCGUCUCCAAUAAGACAACAGCCAGGGUGCAAGUGAGGUAUCCCAACACUAAAUUAAAGGAUGGGAGGAACAGUUUUAUUGGACACCAACUGGGCGGGGUAGUGGAAGUGCCAAACAGCAAAGAUCAGCGGGUCAAGUCAGCCAGAGCCAUUCAAAUCACCUACUACCUCCAGACCUAUGGCUCUGCCACCCAAGACCUCAUAGGGGAGAAGUGGGAGAAUGAGUUCUGUAAGCUUAUAAGGAAGCUCCAGGAGGAGCAUCAAGAACUCCAGCUCUACUCUUUAGCAUCCUUUAGCCUCUGGAGAGACUUUCAUAAGACCAGCAUCCUGGCCAGAAGCAAGGUCCUGGUGAGCCUCGUGCUGAUCCUGACCACAGCCACCCUCUCCAGCUCCAUGAAGGACUGCUUGCGCAGUAAGCCCUUCCUGGGCCUCCUGGGGGUGCUCACAGUAUGCAUCUCCAUCAUCACAGCAGCAGGGAUCUUCUUCAUCACCGAUGGAAAGUACAACUCCACCCUGCUGGGAAUCCCGUUCUUCGCCAUGGGUCAUGGAACUAAAGGAGUGUUUGAGCUUCUGUCCGGAUGGCGGAGAACCAAAGAGAACUUGCCCUUCAAAGACAGGAUAGCAGAUGCCUAUUCUGAUGUGAUGGUCACCUAUACCAUGACCAGCUCCCUGUACUUCAUCACUUUUGGCAUGGGUGCCAGCCCAUUCACAAACAUAGAGGCUGUGAAGGUCUUCUGUCAAAACAUGUGUGUCUCCAUUCUGUUGAACUACUUCUACAUUUUCUCCUUCUUUGGCUCCUGUCUGGUCUUUGCUGGCCAACUAGAGCAAAACCGCUACCACAGCAUCUUUUGCUGUAAGAUCCCUUCUGCAGAAUACCUGGAUCGCAAACCUGUGUGGUUCCAGACAGUGAUGAGUGAUGGGCAUCAACAGACGUCCCAUCAUGAGACGAACCCCUACCAGCACCACUUCAUUCAGCACUUCCUCCGUGAACAUUAUAAUGAAUGGAUUACCAAUAUAUAUGUGAAGCCAUUUGUCGUCAUCCUCUAUCUCAUUUAUGCCUCCUUCUCCUUCAUGGGGUGCUUACAGAUCAGUGACGGAGCCAACAUCAUCAAUCUACUAGCCAGUGAUUCACCAAGUGUUUCCUAUGCCAUGGUUCAGCAGAAAUAUUUCAGCAACUAUAGCCCUGUGAUAGGAUUCUAUGUCUAUGAGCCCCUAGAGUACUGGAACAGCAGCGUCCAGGAUGACCUAAGAAGACUCUGUAGUGGAUUCACUGCAGUGUCCUGGGUGGAGCAGUACUACCAGUUCCUGAAAGUCAGCAACAUCAGUGCCAAUAACAAAAGUGACUUCAUCAGUGUCCUGCAAAGCUCAUUUUUAAAAAAGCCAGAAUUCCAGCAUUUUCGAAAUGAUAUCAUCUUCUCCAAGGCAGGGGAUGAAAGCAAUAUCAUUGCUUCUCGCUUGUAUCUGGUGGCCAGGACUAGCAGAGACAAGCAGAAAGAAGUCAUAGAAGUGUUGGAAAAGCUGAGGCCCCUAUCCCUCUCAAAGAGCAUCCGAUUCAUCGUGUUCAACCCCUCCUUUGUCUUCAUGGACCAUUACAGCUUGUCUGUCACAGUGCCUGUUCUGAUUGCAGGCUUUGGUGUUCUCCUGGUGUUAAUCCUGACUUUUUUCCUAGUGAUCCACCCUCUGGGAAACUUCUGGCUAAUUCUUAGCGUCACCUCAAUUGAGCUGGGCGUUCUGGGCUUAAUGACAUUAUGGAACGUCGACAUGGAUUGCAUUUCUAUCUUGUGCCUUAUCUACACCUUGAAUUUCGCCAUUGACCACUGUGCACCACUGCUUUUCACAUUUGUAUUAGCAACUGAGCACACCCGAACACAAUGUAUAAAAAGCUCCUUGCAAGAGCAUGGGACAGCCAUUUUGCAAAAUGUUACUUCUUUUCUUAUUGGGUUAGUCCCCCUUCUAUUUGUGCCUUCGAACCUGACCUUCACACUGUUCAAAUGCUUGCUGCUCACUGGGGGUUGCACACUUCUGCACUGUUUUGUUAUUUUACCUGUGUUCCUAACGUUUUUCCCCCCUUCCAAAAAGCACCACAAGAAAAAGAAACGUGCCAAGCGAAAGGAAAGAGAGGAAAUUGAAUGCAUAGAAAUUCAAGAGAACCCGGAUCACGUCACCACAGUAUGAGGGGUAUAGACCAGUGGAUUAUUUUUCUUUUCCAGUAUUGCACAAUGAUGCAGGGCAAGUAAAGCUCAGACCUCAGCUGCUUGGGCUGGCCAGG